UUCAUUACUUAUCCUCAAUUUACAACUUUUUCUUAUAGAUAAUCUCCCAACAACAUAUUAUUUAUUUAAGUGCCUACAAACUCAGAAAAACAAAUCGGAAAAAAGAAAAAGAUCAAAAGAGGAACAAUGGGAUAUUUUCCAUUGUUCAUAUUAGCUUCUUUGCUGUUAAUCAACAACAGUGUGACCAAAUCAGCAGCUUUAGCCUUUCCUGAGAGCAAACCAAACGCUACGAAAUACGAUGAAACAAUUGGUGAAUUCAUCGAAGAUGAAGAACAAGUGGUGUUGUUCGGUGAAUCCGAGGUGAAACAAAGGAGCCUUGCUGCAGCUACUCCUAUAUCUUAUCGAGGGUUACAGCCUCAACCGGUUUGCAAUGCGAAUAUUUAUGGGAAUUGUAUAAAACCUGCAGGUCCUGAUUAUCGGCCUUGUACAACAUAUAAUCGUUGCAAGAGGGGAGUCAAAUGAAAAAGAAAUUAGGACCAAAAAUAUAUGGAAGGUUUGAUGUUUUGUGUUUGUGUUUGGUUUUUGAUGUUACUGUUCUUCUGUUGGUAGAUAUAUUGUGUUUAAUAAAGAAUUUAUACAAAUCAUUGUGAGUUUAAGAACUGAGUUCUUCGCAUAAUCAUAAGGUAUGGUGUGAAAAACCAGAGAUAUGGGAAAGAAAUUGGUGAAUGUACCUCAGAGGUCCUGUAAUAUAGAGACUUGAUCAAAUUAGUCUUUGUACUAUUGAAAAGAUUCAAAUAAGACCAAAUUAGAAUAGAUUUAACA